AUGGCCGACCAAGUGGUACGGGCCUGGCCGUCCACUGGAUACGCUGUGAAGUUGGACCACUACGAGUUCGCCAUUAUUUGCGCCCUGCCUCGAGAGCCGCAUCGGGCCUUUCAAUAUUGUCCUAGCUUGCCUACCAGAGAUGGGAAGGAGAGUGCCGCCAGCGCGGCAUCCAGUCUCCAGAUCAGUUUCCCCAGUAUCAGCUUGACGCUGGUAGUCGGGAUAUGCGGUGGGGUUCCUUUCCCGGCGCCGGGUACUGAGUUGAUCUUGGGGGAUGUGGUUAUCAGCCAUCAGGUUCUGAAGUUCGACUUUGGAAGACAAUAUCCUGAUCGGUUCGAGCAGAGGGGUGGUGUACAGGAUACUCUUGAUCGAUCUAACCGCUCCCUUCGAUCGCUCAUAUCCGGUCUCCAGAUCAAAUCGUCCCGAAUUGAGUUUCAGAAAAUGCAUACCCGGUACUUGCAGGACGUUGGAGAAAAGGGAUCUAUUUGGCAAUACCCGGGUGUGGACCAAGAUCGACUAUUUCCAUCGUCUUCCGAUCUAAAAGACACCUCAAAUGCUGCAGAAUCCAUAGAUGAUCUCGUCCAACGGCAUCGCUUAACGGGUGAUAAUCCCAAGCCUCGACUACAUUUCGGUCCUAUCGGCUCUACAGAUACAGUCAUGAAAUCUGCAAAGCACCGCGAUGAUCUGGCUCAAGGGUCACAGCUUGUUGGAUUCGAGAUGGAGGGGUCCGGUGUCUGCAACAAUCUUUCAUGCAUCAUUAUCAAGGGAGUUUGUGAUUACGCGGAUAGUCACAAGACUAAGGUUUGGCAAGACUAUGCUGCGGCAUCAGCUGCAUGUGCUACUAAGUCCUUUCUGGAGUUUCUGGCGACGAAAAAGUGUGAGUGUCGUGGAAGAUAUCCUCUGGAUAAGGAUUUUCAUCGCUGA